CCCGCCGUUGGGGUAUGGUUUGCUUACUGAGGCUCGCGGAAUAAAAAGAUGGCAGGCUUCGCACACUGGCGACGGCUGUUAAUGUUCAGCUCGUCGGCAGCGGCGGCAAACCCGCAGGCCAUACGAGAUACUUCUCUAUCCCUGCGUUUUUUCUCUGCUGGCACGACAGUGGCUUUUAAACCCCUCGCACCCUCUUCUCUCCUCCGACCCUGAUUUUACUGCUUUCCACACGGCACCCAGAGUUCAGUCACUGUUUCUUAGUACCAGCCCCUAGCCUGGCGUCAAACCCCUCCCUAUACUCCCCGAGCCGUCCCUAGAGCUCUGUCACUAGGCGGCGUCGUCGCACUCUCGCAUUCUUGCCUGUAAUCCCGUCCAAACUGCCGCCACCAUGGGCAAAGUGCAGCACUACGUCGAGGCAGCCAAGAACGACCUUCGGACAGACCACACGUGGAAUAAGCUGGGCAACUUGACCAAGCGCGGCGCAAAGGCACUGCCCGAGGCCUCGUUGCACUAUGUCAAGGAAAAAGCGCCAAUCAUCGGCUGGCUGCCCAAGUACGACUACCGCUGGCUGAUCAACGACGGCAUCGCUGGCCUAACGCUGGGCCUGAUGCUGAUCCCGCAGGGACUGUCGUACGCAAAGAUUGCCGAGAUCCCCGUCGAGUACGGCCUCAUGUCGAGUUGGCUGCCGGCGAGCAUCUACACAGUCAUGGGCACAACCAAGGAUCUCUCCACCGGCCCAACGUCACUGAUCGGGCUGCUUACGUCCGAGGGCGUGCACGAGCUUGAGCACAAGUAUCCGCCGUCGCAGAUCGCGUCGGCCAUGGCCUUCUGGAUGGGCGUCUACGGCAUGAUCCUGGGCUUCCUCAACCUCGGGUUCCUGCUCGAGUUUGUGUCGCUGCCCGUGCUGGCCGGCUGGAUCACGGCCGUGGCCAUUACCAUCAUCCUCAACCAAAUGCCGUCGCUGCUGGGCAUCAAGGGCGUCGGCAGCGGCGCCGCGCAGCAGAUCCACGACAUCUUCGCCAAGCUGCCCAAGGCUGGCGGCUGGACCUGCCUGAUCGGCUUCUCGGGCAUCCUGUUCAUGACCAUCCUCGAGAAGGCGGGUGCGCGCUGGAGCGCCAAGAGCAAGAUCGUGUGGUUCUUCUCCAUCACGCGCGCCUUCUCGACGCUGGUGCUGUUCACGGGCAUCAGCUACGCCGUCAACAGCCCGCGCGGCAGCCCCAAGAACUUUCUGUUCGAGGCCACCCAGGUCACGGCCAACGGCCAGGAGGCGCCUUCGAUCCCGCCGCCCGACCUGAUCGCCGAGACGGCCAUGAAGUCGAUCGCGCUCUUCAUCGGGGCGGCGGUCGAGCACGGGGCCAUCGCCCGGGCGUUUGGGGUCAAGAACGACUACGUGCCGGAUCAAACGCAGGAGCUGUGCUACUUUGGCGUCACCAACUUCUUCAACUCCUUCUUCCACGCCAUGGGCGUCGGCGGCGCCAUGUCGCGCACCUCGGUCAACUCGCAGUGCAACGUCAAGUCGCCCCUGAGCGGCGUCGUCACCACGGCCGUCGUGCUCAUCUCCAUCUACUUCCUCGUGCCGGCCCUGUACUGGAUCCCCAAGGCCACGCUGGCCGCCAUCAUCAUCACGGCCGUCUGGAACCUGAUCCACCCGCCCUCGCACUUUUACCACUUCUGGAAGACAUCGCUGGCUGACUUUAUCUCGUCCAUGCUCGCCCUCUGGGUGGCGCUUUUUGUGGACGCCGAGAUCGGCAUCGCCGUCGCCGUCGGCUUCAACAUUAUCUACUGCCUGCUGCGCCAGACCUUUGCCCGCAUCACGGCCUCCAAGGUGCCCAAGCGCUCCGAGCUGGCGCGCUCCAUCGACGCCGACCGCGACCGCGACGCCUACGGCGGCGAGGACCGCACGCGCGACGUGCACGUCUUCCGCUUCACCGACAGCUUCUUCUUCCCCAACAGCUACGCCACCACCGUCGCCAUCCUCGACAGCGUCCAGACCUACCACGCGCCCGCCUACGACGGCGCCCAUGGGCCCGAGUCGCGCAAGGGCCGCAACUGGUCCGUCGUGGCCGAGCAGCGCAUCAAGCGCCUGCGCAAGUCGGCCGGCGUGCUGGACCAGUCGGCGCUCCCGCCCAUCGGGCUGGUGGUGCUGGACUUCACGCGCGUCAACCACGCCGACAGCACGGCCUGCACGCACCUGCAGAACCUGGUCAAGGAGGUCCGGCGCUACGGAGGCUCGCGCGUCGAGGUGCGCUUCGUGGGCAUGAGCCCCUACGUGCGCGAGCGUUUCGUGCGCUACGGCUGGAAGAUGGCAGACGACGGCGACGCCUGGAAGGGCGCCGGCGACGAGAGCGCCGUCACGCACGUCUACGAGUCCGUCCCCGCCGCCGUCUUGUCGCCGCGCCGCUCGCCUGUAAUUACCGAGGGCACCGACAUCCGCAUCGACAGCUCCGAGGACCCGGAGAAGGCUAGGGCCAUGCAUGCUCAGCGGUCCAGCUCGCCUGACGAGUUGGGAGGCGAGAAGAGGCGUGACAACUAGGGCGCUGGGGUGCCUUGGGAGGGGUGGGUUGGUUCUGUGAUGAUGGCGUCAGCAGGGAGAACCCCGGCGUCUGGUCGAGUCGCGCAGGCAUGGCCCCCGCAAAGGGGCUGGUUCGGUUUGUUUUUAUCACGUUUUGUUUUUAUCAUCGCAUCAAGGCGCACAGCAGCCUAGAGUAUAUAUACCCUCAUUUCAGGUUGAAGCUUUUGCAAAGUAUCUGC